AGCUUAAUUCAGCUGCUCGAAUACGUUUAUUGCUAUUAAAUACCUCGUGUUUCACGGGAACAGAAAGAGCGCGUCAUAAUUUAUAGUGAAGAUGAUUAUUAGUUUGAAACAUUCUGAUUUUCCUUCUCGCCGUUUCAUCUCGAUGCUUUAUCUAAUCUCAUUUGCAUCGCCGCGUCAUGGAUAAGCGCGCGCUUGCAGGUAUAUGUUGAACCUGAAUGUGGACCUGUGACAAGUUUAAAAAUUAAUUUCUCCCCCCAAGGGUGAAUUGCACGUCAGGGUGUUUUAAGUCCGAGCCGCCGCUGAUGAUCGGCCAGUGAAGAUGAUAGACUUCACGCAGGUGCUGUCGUCCGUCGGGGAGUUCGGGGCGUUUCAGAAGCGCUUGCUGGUGGCACUAUGCCUCCCCAACCUCUUCACAGCUUUUCACAUGUUCAGUCAGGUCUUCACCGCCAUCACUUUUCCACACAACUGCAACACCAGCUGGAUCUUACAGCGGGGUCCCGACCUGACAGAGGAGAAACAGCUGAAUCUCACCAUUCCUCUGGACGGUAAUGGAGAAUAUGACAGCUGCAAGAUGUUCGAACCUGCUGAUCUUGAUCUGGAAGUUAUUGAAACGUAUGGACUAAAUAGCACAACAUCAUGUACUGAUGGAUGGAUUUACAAGGCACCAAAAGGGAGCAGCACCCUCAUAACUGAGUUUGACCUGGUGUGUGAAAAUAAGAUUUAUAAUGAGGCAUCUCAGUCCAUCUACAUGGCUGGUCUUCUUAUUGGAGCCCUAUUGUUUGGGCCAAUGUCAGACAAGUAUGGCCGGCGAUUUGUCACUCUGCUUUCAUUGUUACUGCAGUUUCUGUUUGGGGUGGGAGUAGCAUUUUCCCCAAACAUCUAUGUCUACAUAGCCCUCCGAUUUGUAGUUGGCACUACAAUAUCAGGGAUCGCUAUCAACACUUUUGUUCUGGGUUCUGAGUGGUGUGGUUCAUCUAAGCGAGCCCUUUUUACCAUUUUGACACACUGCUUUUAUGCCAUUGGUUUGAUGCUGUUGUCUGGUGUGGCCUAUGGGAUUCGCAACUGGAGGAUUUUACAGCUGGUUCUGUCUGCUCCAGUUGGGCUUUUCUGUUUCUAUUACUGGACUCUCCCCGAAUCAGCUCGAUGGCUUCUGACUCAGGGCAAACAGGAGAGAGCCAAGGAGGAGAUCCUGAAAGCAGCCCGAAUCAAUGGCAGGAAAGUGCCUGAAAAUCUGCUUGACAAGAUGGAGGCAGAGAACACAGUCCAAAAAGGCUCCAUGCUGGAUCUGUUCCGAGUGGGUUACCUGAGAAAGAGAGCUCUUAUCAUGUGCUAUAUGUGGUUUGUGACGAGCCUGGUAUACUAUGGGGUCAGUUUGAACGUGGGGAACUUCGGAGUGGACAUUUACCUGACUCAACUCAUCUUUGGCAUUGCAGAGCUUCCUGCCCGCCUGAGCUGCUUUCCUCUUAUUCAGCGCUUUGGAAGGAGGAUCUGCCAGAGUGCUGUGCUGCUGCUUGGGGGCACUGCCUGCCUUGUGAUUCCAGCCAUACCAGCAGAUUACCCUGUGGCUGUGACGGUUAUCGCAGUGGUUGGCAAGUUCUCCCUUGCUGCUGCAUUCACCAUAGUUUAUGUGUACACUGCUGAGCUGUACCCAACCAUUGUGAGGCAAAGUGGUGUGGGACUCAACUCUAUGUGUGCACGAGUAGCUGGUAUUCUGGCACCUCUGAUUGGCUUGUUGAACGUGUAUCACCCAGCCAUUCCAAUGGUUGUAUACGGGUCUCUUCCUUUUCUUGGCGGAGCCCUGACCUUCAUGCUCCCAGAGACCCUAAACACUGAACUUCAGGACCACACUGAUUUCAACAUGGAUGAGAGCAAGAGCUCAGAGAAUGCAAAGAUUGAAAAUGGACUGAAUCAGGAACAGGAGAUGGCUUUUAAGUGCACAACAUUAUGAGAUUUAUACUUGUAUUUGAAAUGCAAGCUAGUGGUUUUAGGGUUUUUGUUUCAUAUAUUUUUUAUUAAUGUGUGCGAAUGACCUGUGGGAGAUUAGUGACAGUUUACUUGUGAUGUUUCAGGAAACAUUUUUUAUGUAUUUUUGAUUUAAAUGAAUUUGUAUUAUUUUUGUAUUUUAUCCUUAAUUUAAAAUGUAGUGAAAAGUGAUGUAUUCAUGAUUAAACACAAUACAGGAUUCUGUUUCUCCAACACUCCAACAUCUGUUUUCAGAUGGUCAGCUGUUAGAGAAAAAGUUUAAUUAUCUGGGAAAACAUUUGUUUUUCUUAUUGUAUUAUGUAAUUUAUUUAAAACUCAUCCAGUUGGCAUUUUGGCAUUAAUAAUGGCAUUUUAUUUCAUAUCCAAAUGACCAUAUAAAGAUACAUGCAACCAGAUAUUUAAAAUGUUUUGAUUAAAACCUGUACUUUAAGUAGAAUAUUGCCUAGAAUUGCUGCUAUAAUACACUCCAUCAUCAGGGUAUAUGUGAUAAUAAUUUAUAGACAUGAACUGUUUUAUGAAAUCGCCUGUUAUGUUGAUGUAAAAUUUUUGAAUUUUAUUAAAAUGUCACAUAAUCAUAAAAAGAAAAUCAUUUACAUUUGCUAACAUCUGACCAUCUGUCAUGUCAAGACUAUGGACCAUAUACUUGUUCAGUGGCUCUAAAUGAUGUCAGUGCAAUUCCUCUGUAACCAACAGACUUCAUGUUGUUGAUGGCCGAAGCCUCAUCAUAGUUGUCCUUCUGUCUGAACAACUGCUGAUAGUGGAAAACACAGUAGAAUCCCCAUAGAGAGGAGUGUAGCAUUGAACACUAAAACUAAGCAAAAAAAAAUCCUUCAGUAAUGUUAUGUUUUUAUGCUUAGGAUCUGUGAUAUUUACAAACCAAAUUAAUAUGUAUCAUAUUUGUAAAUGAACAAGUAACAACUGCAGUGUCAGUAGUUUAAAGAGGCAAAGUCUCAAAUCAAGGGCAGAACUGUAAUUUCAGCAUUUCCAAAUGAAUAUUUUGCUGUUUUAACCUGGUCUAGUUGCAGUAUACCAUUGGUACCUCUCAAUAAAUAACUGA